AUGGAUAUCUCUCUCACUUUAGAGCACUUGAACCAAUAUCACCAAAAAGUUAUUGAAAGAAAUGAAAUCAAGCACUUUCGAGAAGAUAUUGUAGCGCUCAUUAGAACCUCAUCAAAAAAAGGUCUUUUCAAAGGAAUCACAAAUCCUUCAGAUUAUAUUCAAAAUCUCCGGACACAAAAACUAAACAGUAUUUUACCAAAAAACCAGCUUCACGAUAAAAUAGAUAUUUAUGAGGAGUUUAUUAAACACCCAGAUCUCAAUUUGAAUAUAAAUAUUCCCUCUACCUUAAUUCGCCUUUCUCAAUCGCCAGUACCUUUUUUGAUCCAAACAUUAAAAAAUGGUAAAAUUGUUUCAAGAGCCUGCCCAGAGGCCGAGUUUUUUAAUUUAUCCAAAGAGGAAAAUAAUAUGUUUUGCUAUAAAGUAAAAAAUAAAGAAACUGUUGUUUUACUUUCAAGCGAACUAGCAAAAAGCAUAUGGGAUUCAUCAAAAGAGCCUGCAUCUAUACAACAAUUUAUUGAAAGUCGAACUAACCCGCCUUCAAUUACUAGAGUCAUUUGGAAAGAAGGCUCGAAAAAUAAAUAUUUUUCUAUCAUCAAUAAGAAAAAAGUUCAAAAAACUCAAAAAAGCGACAAGAAAAUCCCAAAAAAUAAAAAAGGACUUAUUAAGCCACGAGCUAUAUCAGAAAUUUCUCACUUUGAGUACUCAAAAUCAAUGCUGACGACUUCUAAAUCUGUAAAUAACCCUUUUAAGCUUAAGCUUAAUUUGAAGUUCCCAAAGCUUGAUUUAAACCAAUCUCAUUCCAAUCCAAACCAAUCAGAAAUUUCUGGAAUUAAACAGAACGGGAUUUGGAAUGAUUUCGAGAAAAUUCUGGAAAGUGAUAGAGCCAAAAAUUUUUUGGUAAACUCAAAAAAUCCUGAUAAAUGCACAUCAAUAGAAGCAAAAGGAAAUUUCAACGAUAUUGAUAAAAUGGUAUCCCAAAUUGUUGGGUUUUUGAAUGAAAAUGUUUUCAAGGAAAUUAAAAUAUCAGCAAUUGUCCUUGAUUUUAUCCAAGAUAAGAGCAAGAAAUGGAUUUUAUUGAAAUGCAGAGAAUGCACAUUUGAUAGGCAUUUUGAAUUAAAUUUUCAUAGAGAAAGAAGUCAAAGAAAGCUGAAAAGGAGGCUGUCUAAUAGCUCAAUCAAAAGAUAUGAUUCUUUUCAAGAAGAAAUGGUUGUUAGACAAGAAAGUGUGGAAAUCCAUACAACUCCUCUUGAUUUAGAAGAAUCGAAACAGGAUGAAAUUCAAGUUUUAUAUAAGAAAAAGCCAAAACCUAUUCAGCUAGAUGAAGUUUCUGAAAGAGAUUUAUUUGAAAGAUAUGCCAAAGUUUCAGAAAAAGUAGACAAAAUUGCAAGCCAAAAAAUAAAUUUCACUCCAAUACCUCCAAAAGAGCCUUCUACUCCUCAGUGCUUUUCUAUGAAUCCUUUAAUAUCUAAAUCAAAAUACCCAUUCCCAAAAAGAAAUGCUUCAGAUAGCCAAAACAAAUCAAAAUUUCAAGAAUCAGUUUAUCAUUAUACCCAGCAGCAUAUGAAUGAAGUUGUAUAUAGUUUUGAUGAAAUUAAAAUAAGCGGCCAGUUAUCGAAAAUCCCUAAGCCCACCCCCUCCGUGAGUGAGCAAAGCCAUUAGAAAAAUACCUAUUUUUUGCCCAAAAACCCACCCUCCUUGAGUGAACAAAAAUUUUUGUAAUAGAAUUUUUUUUUUAUAAAAAAAAAUUUUGAUAUAUAAGUGAUAAUUAGUAUAAUGAAAUCUCGAGCUAUUCUGUUUAAUUUUAAACAAGUUGCGUUUUAAAACAUAAAUUUAUAAAUUAAAUUAAUAUUUGCUUUCCAAUUUUUGCGAAUUAGAUUUUUUAAAUUUAGAUAAAAAAAAAUUCUAUAAAAUUUAUAUAUAAUUUUUUUUUAAAAAAAAAGAACCUUCCCUCCGUGAGUGAACAAGAUUUUUUUGUUCGCUCACAGAGGGGGGAGCAAAGAGAAUUUGAUAAAAAAAUACGGCGGAGACGAAUUUUGGAAAGAAUUUAUACUUUCUCUUUAUAAUAAAGUUCUUGCAAGCGAUAUCCUCAAUAAAUACUUUAAAAAUUCCAAGCUAGAGAAUUUCACAAUGAUAGUAAAUGGGAUGUUUACCAUUUUCAACAGCCAAGUGAGCCCAGAAUUUCGAAGAAAAGUAAGAACCUCUCAUCAAAAUAUGGGGCUAAUUGAAAAGGAAUUUGACUGUUAUGCAAACAUUUUUGAACACACACUUACAGAGUUUGAGGUAGAGGAAAAUGAUAAGCAUAUAAUUAUGAGCCAAAUCAAGUCAAUGAAAUAUUUGAUUUGCAAGCAAGGGUAUUAUUAG